CUGGGACGGCCCCGGCCCGGCUGGAGGGGAGGGGCGCGGUCUGACGCCAUUGCGCCGCGCUGGCCCGGGCCCCUCCUCCACCCGAGCCCCCGGCUUGGGCCUAGCCAUGGAGGCGCUGAGGCCCGUCCCGGCGGUACCCUCCGCGUCGUUGGCCCGGCCGGCGUGCCUCUGAGCGCGUGCAGAAGGCGCCCGCCUGGCCCCGGGGAGCGGCUUUCUCCCGGAAAGGGCGCGGGAGAGUCGGAAGGAGUCGCCAACCUCCAGAGCCGGUGGAACUAUGGCACCCCUGCUUGGCUUACACGUCUGACUCUUCACUUGCGACUGACCAUGGGCCGGAAGGCUGAAUCCAAGGAGAUCCCCGUCCAGGUGGCUGUUCGCAUUCGACCCCUGCUGCCUAAGGAACAGUUGCGUGGCCACCAGACUUGCCUGCGAGGAGACCCGGAGACAAAGGAAGUAACCCUAGGGCACAAUCGCCAUUUCCACUUUGAUACUGUCUUAACCGAAUCCGCCAGCCAGGAGUCCGUAUAUGCCAUUUGUGUCCAGCCGCUGGUGGAGGCCUUCUUCCAAGGUUUCAAUGCGACUGUUUUUGCUUAUGGCCAGACAGGGUCUGGCAAGACCUACACCAUCGGAGAAGUUACUGUCUCCUCCAUCAAUGAAGAUGAGCAGGGCGUCAUCCCCCGAGCCAUGGCUGAAGCCUUCAGACUCAUGGACGAGAAUGAUUUAUUGGACUACACCGUCCGUAUUUCUUACCUGGAAGUGUAUAAGGAGGAAUUCUGGGACCUCCUGCAAGUGGAGACGGCGAGCAGAGACAUUCAGAUACGAGAAGACGACAAAGGCAACAUUGUGUUGUAUGGGGUCAAGGAGAUUGAAGUGGAGGGCUUGGAUGAGGUUGUGAGUCUGCUGGAAAUGGGCAACACGGCCAAGCACACCGGUACCACCCACAUCAACAAAACAUCCAGCCGCUCGCACACCAUCUUCACCGUGACAAUGGAGCAGCGCCGGAGCACUGGGCGCCUCACCCUUCAAGACAAGGCCUUGGUUCCAGUCCCUGGCCAAGUCCUGACCUCCAAGUUCCACUUUGUCGACUUGGCCGGCUCGGAGCGGGUGGUGAAGACGGGCAGCACCGGGGAGAGGCUCAAGGAGAGCAUCCAGAUCAACAGCAGUUUGCUGGCGCUGGGCAACGUCAUCAGUGCCUUGGGGGACCCCCGCCGGAAAGGCAGUCACAUUCCUUACCGGGAUUCCAAAAUCACCAGGAUCCUGAAAGACUCCCUCGGUGGGAACGCUCAGACUGUGAUGAUUGCUUGCGUCAGCCCUUCCUCCUCUGACUUCGACGAGAGCUUGACGACGUUGAACUACGCCAGCCGUGCUCAGAACAUCAAGAACAGGGCAGUGGUGAACUGCCGCAAGGAAGCUGAGCCAGUGGCGGAGCUGCGGCUGCAGAUCAAGAGCCUGCAGAGGGCGACGGAGCAGCGUCACCGCGCAGAGACCCGUAUCAUCAACCGCUCUGACCUGGCCCCCAAGCGCCCCUCGCAGGACCGCACCACCCGCUUGCUGGCGGAGUGCUCCCACUACAGGACGUGCACCGAUGCUGCCUACCGGCUCAUGACGGAGUUGCAGGAAGAAGGCAACCUGACUGUGGAUCAGAUCCUGCGUGUGAAGGAGUGGCUGUGCGUUGUGGAGAGCGAGAGGAGCGGGCUGAGCUCGGCCUCCGGCUUAGACAGUGGAAUUGAGAGCACUUCAGCAGAUGACCGGAACCACCAGCAGGAAGGCCAUCCAAAGGGAUCUGAAACAGUCAGAGAGGACUCUCUGGCGAGGCUGGAGAGACAAAUGGAACGGUUAGAAGAAGAGAACCGAGAUUUCCUCGCCGCCCUCGAGGAUGCCAUGGAGCAGUACAAACAGCAGAGCGACAAGUUACAGGAGCAACAAGAUCUCAUCUGUGAACUACACAAAUGCCUGCAGGUGGAAAGGCCGAACUCAGGAGUGCCCGAACUGCUGCAAAGUCUCUACCUGGUUCAACUUGGCCAGAGACCUCACACAGCACCCAUGGGUGCUGCCCAGCCUCCCCCCUGGCCCAAGCUUGGCCUUCCCGACCACAACAAGCUCUGCAGUCCCCCAGAUUACAGUGGAACGGGCCAUCAAAGUUGCCCUCAAGACUUGGAAUCUGAUGAUGAAAUAUGGAGGCAGGAACUUGACCAGACUCCAGAGGAGGCAGCCCCAGAGGCUGAAGAAGAGGAGGAGGAAGGAGAGCGUGAGCAGACGCAGCCCCUUUACCGGCGCAGAAAUGGAAUCCACUGGAUCAGAGAGAAGAUUUCAAGCAACGGAGGCAGAGAACGGAACAAAAGCAACCCAGUGUUGAUGCAGGAGGAACCUCCAGAAAUAUCCAAAGUCGCAGUGGACGGCAGGAAACCAGAGCCGGUCAACGUCGGAGAAGGCUGUUCGGGGAAAGGUUCGGAGUGGCGGCUGGUACAGGCUCAGCAGAAAAUCCGUGAGCUGGCCAUCAACAUCCGCAUGAAAGAAGACUUGAUCACGGAACUUAUCAAGACAGGCCGGCACGCACAGACCAUGAAUAAGCAGUAUUGCCAGAAGAUCUGCGAGUUGGAGCAGGAGGCGGAGCAGGUGCGGGUGGAGCUGGGCGACAGCCAGAGGCAGCUGCAGGAACUGGAAGGCAAAGAGCCCCGAGAUGCUGGGGAGAAACGGAAGCUGCAAGAAUACCGCAGCAAAGUGGCGGCAGCUCAGAGUAAGGCCAAGGUGCUGCAGGAGAAGAAGCAGGCAACUGAGAGGCUGGCGUCUCUCUCCACUCGAAGUGAGACGCGGGUGCAGGAGCUGGAGAGGCACGUGCAGCUGAUGCGGCAGCAGCAGGGGCAGCUCCAGAGGCGGCUGCGGGAGGAGGUGGAACAGAAGCGGCGCUUAGAAACGGAGAUGCACCGAGGGCAGCAUCGGGUCAAGGAACUGGAGCUGAAACACGAACAGCACCAGAAGAUCCUGCGCCUCAAAACAGAGGAGAUCGCUGCCUUCCAGAGGAAGCGCCGGAGUGGGAGCAACGGCUCAGUUAUCAGUCUGGAGCAGCAGCAGAAAAUUGAGGAGCAGAAAAAGUGGUUGGAUUCAGAGAUCGAGAAAGUCCUCGAGCAGCGCCGGGCCUUGGAGGAGUUGGAAGAUGAGCUGACAAAACGCGAAGCUAUCGUGGUGAAAAAGGAAGCUCUCCUUCAGGAGAAGAGCGGUCUGGAAAAUAAGAGGCUUCGCUCGAGCCAGGCGCUGAAUGAUGACAUCAUGCGGGUGUCCAGCCGUCUGGAGUACCUGGAAAAGGAACUGAUGCAGAAGAACGGGCAGCUUUGCCACAGCAGCGGCAAAGACCAGCAGCAGAUCCGGCAAGAAAUUAACAACCUGCGUCAAGAGAAGGACCAGUUGCUCAAACAAAGGCUGGAGAUAGACAAGAAGCUCCGGCAGGGCACCUUGCUGUCCCCCGAGGAGGAGCGGAUUCUUUUCCAGCUGGAUGAAGCUAUCGAGGCUCUGGACGCCGCGAUCGAGUACAAAAACGAGUCGAUCACUUGCCGGCAGCGGGUCCUGCGAUCCUCCGCCAGCCUUCUGUCCCAGUGUGAGAUGAACCUGAUGGCCAAACUCAGCUACCUCUCGUCCUCGGAGACCCGGGCGCUGCUUUGCAAGUACUUUGAUAAGGUGGUGACCCUCCGAGAGGAUCAGCACAAGCAACACAUUGCCUUUUCUGAGCUUGAGAUGCACCUGGAGGAGCAGCAGCAGUUGGUGCUCUGGCUGGAGGUGGCCCUGGAGCGCCAGCGCUUGGAGAUGGACCGCCGGCUGACUCUGCAGCAGAAGGAGCACGAACAGAACAUCCAGCUGCUGCUGCAGCAGAGCCAAGAGCACAUGGAAGAGAGGCAGGCAACCAGUAGACUUCAGCUCCAAGGAAGGAUCCAAGCCCUGGAGAAGGAGCUGGCCCACAGCAUGUGGGUGAACCAAGAACUGAACCAGAAACUGAGCAUGAGCCACCUGGGAGGAAUGGAACGAAACGCAGCCGGGGAUAGACCUGUUUCAUUUAGGGUGCAAGAUAACCUCAGCAAUAAUGGCAUGCUGGAACCCCUGGAGAGGCACAGGGAUGUAUUGCAUGCACCUUUGCCAGCCACCUGGAGGCGCUCUUCGCAGUCCUCUGCCAACAUACCAAUGCCAGAAGACCUUCACCAGAAAGAUACCGACUUCCUGCUCCGAUCUGGCCAGGCCAAGGAAGUGUCCCCACCCUUAAGCUUGGCUCCUGUUCUGAAAUCCCGCAAAGAAUUGUACAGAGGGGCCCUGAAUGGUUUUCCUGGACUGUCUUGCCCAGCGAUCAUAGAUGUCAGGAAAUAUCCACUCUAGAGAUGUUCAGCUCAAAAGACUGAUAUUUUCCAGACAUAAGGAAGCAUCCCACCCCCCACCAGAUCAGUAUUGCCCAUUAGCCCAGUUCUAAAUACCAGUUUGGUAUUUGGAUCCAGAUUUUUUCUAAAGUAUUUGAGCGCGUUAAGUGCUAUUAAGUCAUCAGCUGCAUUAUUCCCCAUGGGAAACCUUCCCAGUUUUUUGUAGAGCACUUGGCACCAAAAUUGUAGCAGUGCUGGUGGUGCCCUGUCCAUUAAAGAAUCCCCAAAUGUCAAGUGAUCUGGGACCCUGAGCAACGCCCCUCCAGCCAGCCUCCAUUGUUACCAUUCCUUCUCUAACCAGAGCAAAGAACAGUCAGAGUCACAACGGCAACCAGUGGCCAAAAGUAUCUUGAGGCAGGCAGAACCAAGAGGAAGAAGAGUUGGAUUUAUAUCCUCCCUUUCUCUCCUACAGGAGACUCAAAGGGGCUGUCAAACUCCUUUCCCUUUGCCCCUCACAACAAACACCCUGAGGUGGGUGGGGCUGA